AUGUCAACAAAAGACAUCCUCUCGCUUUGGCAUACCGAAGCCAAUGAUUCAUUCCACGGCAAAAUCACGCCUGAUGGGCCAUUCCAGCCCGAGAAAGAUCGCUACCACCUUUACAUUGGACUUUUYUGUCCUUUUGCUCAUCGUGCGAGUCUGAUCUGCCAUCUCAAGCAGCUCGACAAGUACGCAGGGAUUGAGACCAGCAUUGUGAAGCCAUAUCCCAAGGGCGAUGAGAAUGGCYGGCCAGGCUGGCAGUUCAAUGUCGAAGGCGACGAGGCUUACGAAGGUGCCACUGUGGACAGAUUGUUUGGUAGCAAAUAUAUGCACGAAUUGUACUUCAAAGCCGACAAGGACUACAAAGGCCGCUACAGUGUGCCUGUGCUUUGGGACAAGAAACUCAACACUAUUGUCAACAACGAGUCGCAUGAACUUUUGAGAGAUCUGCAGACUGGAUUUGACGUUCUUCUCCCACAAGAGCUGAAGGACAUCACUCUUUAUCCUGCGCCUCUCCGGCCGGAGAUUGAUCACCUAGGCGAGCAGCUCCAACGAGAUCUCAACACAGGAGUCUACAAAGCAGGCUUCGCCAAAGACCAAGCCGGCUACGAAACGAACUUGCCCGCAGUAUUCGCCAUGUUGAACAAGCUGGAAAAGGUGGCCGCCAAAUCCGGCGGCCCUUACAUCCUCGGCAAACAAAUGACUGAAGUUGAUGUUCGGACAUACGCGACUUUGAUUCGUUUCGAUACAGUCUAUGUCCAGCACUUCAAGUGUAACCUUGGCAUGAUCAGGUAUAGCUAUCCCGUGCUACACAACUGGUUGAAGAACAUGUAUUGGAAUCAUGGGGCAUUCAAGGACACCACGGACUUUCGCCAUAUCAAGGAAAACUACACCAAGAGUCAUGGAGAUAUCAAUCCUCUGGCGAUUACACCUGUGGGCCCCUGGCCGCAUGUUGAGAAGGGGUUUGAAAGCGACUGGAGUAAGCUUAGGGUGGGGRGUGUUGAUAUGCCGGAGGUGUUGGAAUACGAAAAGACUUUAACAUGA